AUGAAGAAAUAUUUUUAUCAUAAAAUAUUUAAUAAAACAGGAAAUCAUAAGAGUUUAUUUAAUUAUUGCAUAAAUAAUAAAAUUAUUGUUGUUGUAAUUAGCAUUAUGACUAAUCAUCAUAUCUUUGAAGAUCUUUUAUCGAAAGAUAUUCACAUUUUCAAGAUGCUUGCUUUUGAAAUGCCCAAACGUAAUGUAAUAAAGUACAAAGGGCAAAUGAUCAUAAGUAAAACACAAUAUAAAAAAAUAAUAAGAAAAUACAUUCGUAUAAUAAAAAAUAAUUGUAAAAGGAAGAAAUUCCAAAUAGCUUAUAAUAAAAGCAAAGUUCCUAUUCAAGAAAAAUUGUAUAGAAAACAAAAUAUUAUUCCAAUAUUCCAUUUUGGUAAGCAUAAUGUAAUAAACCCUGAGUUUACACAAGUUAAUAAAAUUUAUACUCCAUACUCGUUCUUAUUAUUAAUUUUUGUGGAAUAUAAAUAUAAAAUGUAUAGCAAUUCGGAAGGUGUUCAAUACAAUGGUAUAUUUCUGAAAAAAAAACAAACAAGCUUUAAAGAAACAAUUAUUGUAAAUAUUUUUCUCUUUACACCAAAUAAAUACAUUUGGAGCAUAUGCAGGAUGAAUGAAAAUUCAAAUAUGAAUGAAAAUGCUCUUGAAAAAAAGAGCAUAUGCGAAAAAAAACAAAGUGUAAAUGUAUUUAAUAUUGUUGGCGUAAGUAAAAAUUCGAAUUUCAAUGAAGGUAUAAGUAUAAAUAAAAAUUCAAAUAUAAGUAGAAAUUCGAAUAUAAGUGUAAAUACAAAUAUAAAUAAAAACUCCUAUAUAAAUUCAAGUGCUCAUAUAAUUGCCAAUAUUAAUAUAUACAAAAACCCUUAUAUAAAUGGUAACAUAUGUAUAAGUGCUAAUAUAUGUAAAAAUACUUACAUAAUCUCAGGAAAUUAUUUAAUACAUAAUACAUAUUCAUUCCAAAGAAGUCAUAUAAAUAAAAAAAAUUACGCAAAUUUCAAUAAAAAUCAAAGAAUAUGUGUUUAUUUGAGAAGGAACUAUAUAAAAAAAAAUAUAGUUUUUAUUGAGAACGCGUAUUUUGUCGCCUAUUUGUAUACGAUUUGUAUUUUAUGCACACAUGGUAAUGGGCAUAUGGCUGAGGAUGCGUAUAUUGCAUCCAUAUAUUUAAUUAAUAUUGCAUGUAGAAAUAUAGAGCAAGCUAAGGGUAUCAAAAAUUCGAUAGAUAAUGGUGUAUGCACUAAAUUUUGUGCAUAUAUCAACAUUUGGAUAUAUAUGGUUUUUUAUGGAAUGCACGAAACCAUUAAAGGAAGAGAAAUUAAAGAAAAUUUCACAAAAUUUAAGUGUAAUAAUUCAAAUAAUACUAUAAAUAAAUGUAAAAAAAUUAAUGAUAUUUAUACAUAUAUUAUAAGUGUAUAUUAUGUAGAAAUACCAUAUAAAAAAUCCUUGGAGCAUAUCAAUGUUUAUGAGAGAAUACUUAUUAAAAAUAAUAAAGGUCGACUUAAAGACAUUAAAAAAUCUAACGAUAUCGCCAAAACAACAAAAAAAAAUAAAAUAAAAACAAAAGAAUUGCAUAAAAUUUUAUUAAAACAUGUAAAAAUGGCUAGUCAUACAUUCAAAAAAAAAAAAAAUAUUGUUAAAUUAUUGUAUGCACAUAUAAUAUUAAAAAACCCAAUUCAUAAAAAUAAAAAAUAUAUAUUUUUUAAUUAUUUAAAUAAAAAUUUAUAUAAAGUUAAUAAAGUGUUUAAAGUUGAAGAUAAGUUUAUAAUUAAAUAUAGAUAUAUUUUUAUUUAUUUUAAAAUAUUUAUUUUUAUAUUAAAGGUUAUCUUAAAUUACACUAAUUUACACCCAAACCCUCCAAAAACUGUGAAUACUUAUAUUUUUCACAAAAAAAAUAUAAAAUAUUAUUCAUACAAAUUUAUUAUAUAUUAUUACAUUAAAAAUAUUUACAUUAAUUUUUUUAUUUGGUUUGAAAAUUUGGAAAUACUUUCAAAAAUAAACCCAUUUCUGUAUGGAUUAAUUUCAGAAAAGUAUUUUGCCAAGAAUUCAAAUAUUUAUGUGUUUACUCAAUUUUACAUUACAUUAUAUAUACAAUACAUAUAUUACACGCUUAAUAAUUACUUACUUACAUGUAUCACAUGUUUAUUGAGCUCUACAACAUUAUGCCCUUUAUAUUUUAAAUAUUGUGGCAUACUAAUUAAUAAUUUAAUUGUUUUAGUUACCAUACUAUUUAUAAGAUCAAAGGAGAAUUUAGUUUUAUUCAUAAAACAAAGCAUAAUACACUUAUUUUUUUCUUUUAGAAGCAGGAAUAUAGCUUUUUUAGAGCAUAUCAUUUAUGUACAUUUCACAAUAUAUAUAUAUCAGUUUAAUUAUUUUAUAAUUUUUUUUUUGAAGAUCUAUUGUAAUAUUUAUGAUUCUAAAAUCAUUUCGUACAAUAGAUAUUGCAUUUUUCAUAGAAAUACUGAUAUAAACAUUUGUUUAUGUCAGAUAUUUAGUUAUUUUAUUUAUUAUUUAGAAUAUAUUUCGAAUAUACUCAAGGAACAGAGUUUAACGUGGUUUCGGUUAUUUGCGUUCAUAAUGUUGUCACAAAUAAUUGAAGAUAGCAUAUCGCUUGCAAAAAGCGCGUAUGUUACUUUAUCGAAAAUCCCGUUGGCCAUAUAUAAGUCCUUAAGAGAUAGGCGAAAUGAAAGAACCGUUUCUGCAAGUGAUUCUUACGAUUCCAGAAAGCAUGUUAACAGGCGUGGUAAAAAUCGUAUUAGAAAGCGUGAUAGAAAUUGUGUUGAGAAAAAGAAUUUGGAUAAUUCUUUUAGAGAAAAAUUCGAUAAAAAUCGAAGAGAUAUAUUUGAAACAGUAGUUCGAAGGAUUAAUGGUUCAAAAUCUCGUAUUGUUGAUGAUUAUUUUAAUACUCGCAACGUAUUUAAAAGAUGCUCACCAAAGCACAAAAAAAAAAAGUAUGAGAAAUGUAUUUUGUGUAAGAAAUAUUUACAAUAUGCUGUAUUAGAAAAUUAUAGAAAUGAGCAAGGAAGUGAAAUUAGCGAAAGAGAAAAUAUGAUUGUGUGUCAUUGUCCUCGAACUACUGAUGGAAAUUCUGAAUUUAGCAAAUUGGUUGAUGAGAAAUUAAAAGAAAAGCGCAGCAGAAUUAAACGCUUUACACCUUGCACUACGCCAAUUAAAUGUGCGUUUCCAGUUGAAAAUGUUGACAUUACUGAUAUCAAACAUUUGGGCAAACAAAAAAUUGAUGAGAACGUUAAGAAUGAUGAUAUUAGUAAGUUAGCAACAAAUGGCCACAUGAGUAAUUUUUAUAUGAGCGUUCUAAAAGAUUUGGAUUCUUGUAUUUCAUCACGUACGACAAAGAUUGUAGAUUCACAUGAUAAAAGCUUAGGGGAUAUCUGUAUCGUAUCUAAUGGCAACAUUAUAUAUGCUUCAGAGAAUAUCAAAAGUGAAAAAGAUGAUAAUGUUGAAAUUACGAAAUCCACAAACACCAAUUCUAAUGACAUAGGGGAAAAGAAAAUUAAGUACACUAUUUUUUCUAAUUUAGAUGUUUCGGAAAUUAUCGAUUUGUUGAAUAGGAAAUCAUCGAGUAACACAAUUAUUAAGAAAGGCAAAUCACAAUCCAAUGAAGGGGAUUUACAUGAAAUAGAACAAAGUGGCCUUUCAAAAAAGUUGUGUGAUCGAUUACCUAAUACGAAACAUCACAUAGUAGGUGGAAACAGCUGUGAGAAAUUAGAAAGAAAGAGAAAGUUGAAGAAAGCGGUUUCUAUAUUGGCUGCGUUUUCUAAAGAUGGUGUUUGUAAAGAAUCGAAUCGCUCAUAUCAAAGUUCUGGUAGUUCGUUACGUCGUUUUAAGAAAGGAAAGAAAGUAUCAAGAAAAUCAUCAUCGUCGAAUUAUAAUAGUAGUAAUAAUCGUGUUGAGAAUGUAAAAGGAUUAGAAAAAAAGAAAAAUAUUAAAAACCCCAAUGUGCAAAAUAGAUCAAUUGCUUCAAAAAAACGUCAAUUUACUAAAAAAUCACCUGUCUCGCGAAAUCCUAAAACUGUUAAGAAAGUUGAAAUAUCAGAAUCUCAUCAAAGUUCUGAAUCUGAUAGUAAAAAUGAAGUUUUAAAAAAGGCCAAGAUUAUGAAACAUAAUCUUAAUAGUAAUUCUGAAGGAUCAAUAACUUCUUAUGAAAAUGAUGCGAAUGAAAAAGAUGUAGUUGGAAAUGUAGUAUUAGUAUGUGAUCACUUUAAGUUAUCUAACAAAACAACGCUAGGAAGUAGUACGAUAACAGGAAAAAGUAUAUCUUUGGAAGCAUAUCAAAAGGACAUUUUUGGACGUAAAAACUUAGAGAAAGAAAGUGCAAAUGUUAAGGAAGUUGUUGACAAUGAAGUUGUUAGAGAUAAUGAAUUUGUUAGUAAUAUUGAAGUUGCUAAUAGCAAUGGAUUUAAUAAUGACAAUGAAAUUAUCGAUAGCAAUAACAUGGUUAGUGGAAGUGAAUAUGCUGAAGAGGCAGAUAGCAAGGACGAAGUUGUUAGUAUUAUUGAAUUUGUUAAUAGCAAUGAAUUUAAUGUUAACAAUGAUGUCGCUAGUGGAAGUGAAUAUGCUGAAAAAGUUGAUGGCAAGGACGAAGUUGUUAGUGAAAGUGAAUAUGCUGAAGAGGCAGAUAGCAAGGACGAAAUUGUUAGUAUUAUUGAAUUUGUUAAUAGCAAUGAAUUUAAUGUUAACAAUGAUGUCGCUAGUGGAAGUGAAUAUGCUGAAAAAGUUGAUGGCAAGGACGAAGUUGUUAGUGAAAGUGAAUAUGCUGAAGAGGCAGAUAACAAGGACGAAGCUGUUAGUAUUAUUGAAGUUGCUAGUAGCAAUGGAUUUAAUAGUGGUAAUGAAAUUAUUGAUAACAAUGAUGUUGCUAGUGGAAGUGAAUAUGCUGAAGAGGCAGAUAGCAAGGACGAAAUUGUUAGUAUUAUUGAAUUUGUUAAUAGCAAUGAAUUUAAUGUUAACAAUGAUGUCGCUAGUGGAAGUGAAUAUGCUGAAAAAGUUGAUGGCAAGGACGAAGUUGUUAGUGAAAGUGAAUAUGCUGAAGAGGCAGAUAACAAGGACGAAAUUGUUAGUAUUAUUGAAUUUGUUAAUAGCAAUGAAUUUAAUGUUAACAAUGAUAUCGAUAGUGGAAGUGAAUAUGCUGAAGAGGCUGAUAGCAAGGACGAAGUUGUUAGUAUUAUUGAAUUUGUUAAUAGCAAUGAAUUUAAUAUUAACAAUGACGUUGCUAGUGGAAGCGAAGUUGUUAGAGAUAAUGACGUUGUUUUUGAGAAUGAAUUUAUUAAAGAUAAUGAAGUUGCUAUUUAUAAUGAAGUUGUUAGUGAAAAUGAAGUUGUUAAUGGAGUUAGAGUUGUUAGUAGCAAUGAAUUUAUUAAUAAUAAUGAAGUUAUUAAUCGCAAUGAACUUAUUUAUAAUAAUGGAGCUGAUAGUGUAAAUGAGGUUGUUGAAAAUGUUGAUAGCGAGAACAAAGUUGUUAGAGAUAAUGAAUUUGCCAAUAAUAUUGAAGUUGCUAACAGCAAUGGAUUUAAUAAUGGAAAUGAGAUUGAUAGUGGAAGUUGGUAUGUUAGAGAUAAUGCAGUUGUUAAUAAUAAUGGAUUUUUUUAUAAUAAUGAAAUUGUUAAUGAUAAUGGAUUUAUUUAUAAUAAUGAAGUUGUCAAUAAUAAUGAAGUUUUUUAUAAUGAUGAAGUUGUUAAUAACAAUGAAGCUGUUAAUAAUGAAGUUGUUAAUGACAGUGGAUUUAUUUAUAAUAAUGAAGUUUUUGAUAAUAAUGAAGUUGUUAAUAAUUGUGAAUUUGCUAAUGGCAAUGGAUUUAUUUAUAAUAAUGAAGUUGUUAAUAACAAUGAAGCUGUUAAUAAUGAAGUUGUUAAUAAUUAUGGACUUAUUUACAAUAAUGAAACUGUUACUAAUAACGGAUUUAUUAGUAUUAGUCAAUCUUCUUAUAAUAAUGUAAUGGAUAAUUGCCGUAAACUUUUUAGUAGUAACAAGGGUUAUGAUAACUAUGAAUUUCUUAAUAAUAGUAUAGUUUUUAAUGGCGGAAAACGUGCACGUGAAAGUGUUUAUUCUAGUGAUAAUGAAGGUAUGAAUAAGAUGAGAUUUAUUAAUGACAAUAAUAUUCUUGGUGAAAGUGACUAUACUAAUAACAAUGAAUAUAGUAGUGAAGGUGAAGAUUAUAGUGAUAGUGUAAGUUCUAGGACUCCUAGACAUGCAGAGCUUUUUACUCCAUCUCAAUCUCCUAAUGUUGAUGAUGAGAGGUAUAUGAAAAAUGACUAUUAUGUUGGAAAUAGACGUAUGGAGGAAUACUAUUCAAAAUAUAAACAUAAUGAUGGGGAAAUAUUUAAUGAAAGUUUUAAAUUAAAAAGAAAUGAUGACACUAAAAAAAUGGACGAGGAAACGUCAGAAGAGGAAAGCGAGGAAGAGACAGGGGAUCACAUAAUUGACGAAAAUCAUCCUCUUGUUAAAAAUAACAUACACGUAAACAAUUUAACACGAGAUGAGCACCGUGUUUUACUUGAAUAUUAUGGAGGAACACUACCAGAGCGAUAUUAUGACACGAAAUAUUUUGUAAACCCAUAUAAGACGAAUGAUGAUUCUUCAGAGGAAGAACCAGAUUGCUCUAAUUUAUUUUUAGGAUCUUUUGACAUUCCUAAGGAACCAGAGGCUAAAGUUAAUCCAUUUUUAGGAUCAAACAAUAAAAAUUUUAGUAGUUCCUUUUUUCCAUCAAGUUUUUUUAAUUCAGAUAAGCCUACUACUACUACUGCUAGUGAAACAUUUACAAAUGACAAUGUUGAUAAAAAUAUUGUAGAUACGCCUAUAGAAGAUAAAGAGAGCAGUUUGAAUAUAGUAGAAGUUAAUAGUGACGCAGAGGAAAAAAUUGAGCCACUAAAAUCAUUAAAUGAUAAUGAUGACUCAGUUAAUGACAUAUCUAUUAAUAAUGUAAUAGAAAGUGAAAAAGAACAAAUGGUUCAAGUUCAAGAAAACGAAAAAAUUGAGUUAUCAAAGUCAUUAAGUGAUAAUAGUGACUUGGUUAAUGACAUAGCUGUUAAUAAUGUAAUAGAAAGUGAAAAAGAACAAAUGGUUCAAGUUCAAGAAAACGAACAAAUUGAGCCACUAAAAUCAUUAAAUGAUAAUGAUGACUCAGUUAAUGACAUAUCUAUUAAUAAUGUAAUAGAAAGUGAAAAAGAACAAAUGGUUCAAGUUCAAGAAAACGAAAAAAUUGAGUUAUCAAAGUCAUUAAGUGAUAAUAGUGACUUGGUUAAUGACAUAGCUGUUAAUAAUGUAAUAGAAAGUGAAAAAGAACAAAUGGUUCAAGUUCAAGAAAACGAACAAAUUGAGCCACUAAAAUCAUUAAAUGAUAAUGAUGACUCAGUUAAUGACAUAUUUAUUAAUAAUGUAAUAGAAAGUGAAAAAGAACAAAAGACGUCGCGUAAAAGGAAUAGAAAUAUUAUAUCUGAUGAGUUAUCACAAGAAAAUGUUAAGAAACUUAAAUCAUCAAAUAAUAAUAUAAACAAUAAUAAUGUAGUAGAAGAAAAAUAUGAGUACAUUACUCAAUCUGAAAAAGAAAAAAAACCUGAAAUAUCUAAAAGCACCCAACGUAUUAAUUUGUACGAUUUAAUUGUUAAAAAGAAUAAUGACCUUAUGGCUUGUAAUGAAAAACAUGAAUAUAUUCAUGUGCCAGAGGAACAAAAUGAGGAAAUUACUAAAUCUGAAGAAAAAAAACUUGAUAUAUUUAAAAACAACCAAUGUAUUAAUUUAUACGAUUUAAUUGUUAAAAACAAUAAUGACCUUAUGUAUUGUAGUGAAAAAUAUGAGUACGUUAAUGUACCAGAGGAACAAAAUGAACAAAUAGUUCAAGAAGAGGCUAAAAUUCAACCAUCAACAUUAAUUAAUGAGAAUGAAAACAUGAUUAAUUUUAAUACUAUAUAUAAUAAUGAUACUACAGACGAACAUAUAAAUUUUAUUAAUGAAGUAUUUCCCAAUCCUCAAUUAUAUGCAUCCAAUAAUGAAAUCGAUCAAAAUAGAGAAAUAUAUAACUAUAACCAAAUAUUCUCAAAUGGCGAAAUAUUUACUCCUAAACAAGGAUACUUUAAAAAUAACGAAAUAUAUCCAUUAAAUGAAACAUCCUCAAAUAGUGAAGUAUAUUCAUCUGAACAUGAAAUAGAACAAAAUGACGAAACAUAUUCAUUAACUGGGAUAUUCUCAGAUAAUGAAGUAUAUAAUCCUAAGCGCGAAGUAGAACAAAAUGACGAAAUAUAUUCACUAAAUGGGAUAUUCUCAGAUAAUGAAGUAUAUAAUCCUAAGCGCGAAGUAGAACAAAAUGACGAAACAUAUUCAUUAACUGGGAUAUUCUCAGAUAAUGAAGUAUAUAAUCCUAAACAUGAAGUAGAAAAAAAUGAUGAAAUAUAUGCACUUAAUGAAGUUCAAGAAUAUCACAAAGAUAUAAAAAAAUUACCAAUUAUAUCUAACUUAUCCUCUAAAUCAGCUUUUCAAAAUAUCUCCAAAAAUAUUAUUACUACUAUUACAGAUAACACCACUGAAACAAGUAGUAAUCAUCCAGAGAAAAAAAAUCUAAAGAAAAAAGAAAAAAAAGAAAAAAAAAAUCUAAAGAAAAAAGAAAAAAAAGAUUUAAAUUCAAGGAAACAGGUACUUAACGAAGAACCUAAGACAAAAAAAAAACUUACAAAAAAGAUACUGAAAAAAAUUGUAGACACAAAUGCUUUAUUUGCAUCAUCGGACAGCGAUAUGUCAUUAUCUGAUAGUAGUGCAUCUCCCUGCAGAAAACAACCACAUAUACCUCGAGAUGAUUCUUCAUCAGAUGAUGAAAAUAACGCCGGACAACCAGUAUCUAUACAAAAAAAAAGCACAAUAACAAUAAAAAAAUUCUGUAUAUUACCACCUACGCCGAUGCUAGUAGAAAAUACUUUAGUACUACAAGAAAAAAUAUCCGCAAACCAAAUUACAUUACAUAAAGAUAUUUGUAGAGAGAACUAUUACCAAAAGGGUCAAAAAAUUGAAAAAAAAGAAUCAAUAUAUAACACUAUGAAAGUGGAUAUGAUACACAAAAAUGUAGAGAACACAAGUACUAAAUCAGCAAAUACCAAAAUUACUCAAAUACCUAUUAAAUCAGAAAACACCAAAAUUAUUCAAAUACCUAUUAAAUCAGAAAACACCAAAAUUAUUCAAAUGCCUAUUAAAUCAACAAACACCAAAAUUAUUCAAAUGCCUAUUAAAUCAACAAACACCAAAAUUAUUCAAAUGCCUAUUAAAUCAACAAACACCAAAAUUAUUCAAAUGCCUAUUAAAUCAGAAAACACCAAAAUUAUUCAAAUGCCUAUUAAAUCAGAAAACACCAAAAUUAUUCAAAUGCCUAUUAAAUCAGACAAACACCAAAAUUAUUCAAAUGCCUAUAAAAUUAUUCAAAUGCCUAUUAAAUCAACAAACACCAAAAUUAUUCAAAUACCUAUUAAAUCAGAAAACACCAAAAUUAUUCAAAUGCCUAUUAAAUCAACAAACACCAAAAUUAUUCAAAUGCCUAUUAAAUCAACAAACACCAAAAUUAUUCAAAUGCCUAUUAAAUCAGAAAACACCAAAAUUAUUCAAAUGCCUAUUAAAUCAACAAACACCAAAAUUAUUCAAAUGCCUAUUAAAUCAACAAACACCAAAAUUAUUCAAAUGCCUAUUAAAUCAACAAACACCAAAAUUAUUCAAAUACCUAUUAAAUCAGAAAACACCAAAAUUAUUCAAAUGCCUAUUAAAUCAACAAACACCAAAAUUAUUCAAAUGCCUAUUAAAUCAACAAACACCAAAAUUAUUCAAAUGCCUAUUAAAUCAGAAAACACCAAAAUUAUUCAAAUGCCUAUUAAAUCAACAAACACCAAAAUUAUUCAAAUACCUAUUAAAUCAGAAAACACCAAAAUUAUUCAAAUGCCUAUUAAAUCAACAAACACCAAAAUUAUUCAAAUGCCUAUUAAAUCAGAAAACACCAAAAUUAUUCAAAUGCCUAUUAAAUCAACAAACACCAAAAUUAUUCAAAUACCUAUUAAAUCAGAAAACACCAAAAUUAUUCAAAUGCCUAUUAAAUCAACAAACACCAAAAUUAUUCAAAUGCCUAUUAAAUCAGAAAACACCAAAAUUAUUCAAAUGCCUAUUAAAUCAACAAACACCAAAAUUAUUCAAAUACCUAUUAAAUCAGAAAACACCAAAAUUAUUCAAAUGCCUAUUAAAUCAACAAACACCAAAAUUAUUCAAAUGCCUAUUAAAUCAACAAACACCAAAAUUAUUCAAAUACCUAUUAAAUCAGAAAACACCAAAAUUAUUCAAAUACUUAUUAAAUCAGCAAACACCAAAAUUAUUCAAAUGCCUAUUAAAUCAACAAAUACCAAAAUUACUCAAAUAUCUAUUUUCCAAAAAGAAAUGAAAGAAUCAUAUAAAGAGAUCAGCAAUACAUUAAAUAAGUAUUAUAAUGUAUCUAAUACAAUAACUAAGUUAUUUGAAACAUCUUUCGAAAGGAAUACUUUAAAAAUUUCAUGUUUUUUUAAGAUGGUUAUUGAUACUAAACAAUUUUGGAUUUAUAAGAAAAGUAUUGUUGUUAAGGAGUGGAGCAAGGGAAAAGUAUUAAGGGAAAUGAUUGCUCAUUUCAUUAAUGACGUAUGUAACGCAUCCACAAACAGCAAAGGGAUCCAUACAGAGAAUAACGAUACCAAAGAUGACGUUGUUUUAACAUCUAUUGGAAGGCAGUAUUGUUAUAUUUCUGAAAAAUUAUUAUAUUCUGAAGAAGGGAGCCCUGUGAAAGAGUACGGUUUGAACGAUAUUUGCAAUUAUUAUAGGUCUAAAAUUAUUUAUGAUCUAAAAUUUAAUCUAACUUCUUAUCCAUUUAAACCGUGUAUUACAUCUACAUUUGUUUAUAACCCGUUAUUGACUAAGCUAGCUAAAACUUCAAAUAUGUGUUCAUUCGUUUAUAAUACAUCACCCAUUGUACACACCAAAAUGUUUAUUACAUCUACAUCUGUUUAUAAUACAUCACCCAUUGCACACACCAAAAUGUUUAUUACAUCUACAUCUGUUUAUAAUACAUCACCCAUUGCACACACCAAAAUGUUUAUUACAUCUACAUCUGUUUAUAAUACAUCACCCAUUGCACACACCAAAAUGUUUAUUACAUCUACAUCUGUUUAUAAUACAUCACCCAUUGCACACACCAAAAUGUUUAUUACAUCUACAUCUGUUUAUAAUACAUCACCCAUUGCACACACCAAAAUGUUUAUUACAUCUACAUCUGUUUAUAAUACAUCACCCAUUGCACACACCAAAAUGUUUAUUACAUCUACAUCUGUUUAUAAUGUGUCACUAAAUAAGCUAGCUAUAUCUUCUAAUAAAUAUGUGCCUGUUUAUAAUACUUCUACUGAUCUAUAUAAUUGCAAAUAUUCUAAAACAUAUUCUGAACAGUGUGUCCUAACUGAUGAUGUAAUAAUUUCUAAGAAAUUUAGCAAUGUUGCUGGGACAAUAGAUGAAAAACAACCUAUCUCUUUGGAUCAAAAUUCUCGUAUGGAGAAACCUUCUGUUAUGGAUCGCAAAUGCAAUACUGAGAUGAGUACAAUGAGUACUCAUUUAAUCAAUACCAACCCAAGUUUCACAACUGAGCAACAUAUACCUACUUAUGAAUACAAGCUUGUGGAAAUAUUAGUAACAGCCAAACAAAAUACCAUGCUAAAUAAGCUUGCAUGUUUCAUUAUGAUCGAUAAAUCAAAUAAUACAAACGAUUUCAAAGAAUAUCUCUUUAUAGCCGAAUCAAAAUUUUCUUAUAAGCAGGAAAAAAAAAAAAAAAAAAAAAAAAAAAAAAAAAUAAAACUAAAAAAAGAAAUAACUGCACAAAAAAAAGAACGGCUUGAAGAGAAAAACGAAGGAACAAUAGAAAAAAAAGAAAUAUCAGUUGAUACACAAAAAAAUAUAGAUAGCAAAACAUGGAAUGAUAAUGAAAUACCUUCAGAUAUCAACAUACUUUUAAAUGAUACAAAAGAUCCAAAAGAUCCAAAUAGUGUAAUAUUAUAUGAUGAAGAAAAAGAGAUCAAACUUGAACAACUUAUAUCGAUGGUAAAUUAUUAUUGCUGGUAUGUGAAUAUUUCGGAGAAUUUUAUUAAAAGUAUUAUUGCUACGUAUAGCUCAAUAAAUUAUAAAAGUAUGGGACACAAUAUAUGUAUUAGAAAUAUUAUUGUUUUAUUUAUUUCAUUUAUCAAAAUGAAUAGAUAUAACAUAUUAUACUUUCUUAACGUAUUAGGAGGGUCAGUUUAUUACUUCCAAGCAAUUUUUCAGAGAACAAUAGAAAUGGAAAUGUCAACAGGCAACAAAGCUAUUAACAAAAAUAAAGGGUACCCAGAUAGAAAAAAAGCAGACAACAAUGCAUUAUACUAUAAUUUGGUUGAUGAUAAUAAUGAAUUUAAUGAGACAACAGACAGCGAACCAUUAUUGUAUAAUGCUGAUAAUGGUACCCCAGUAAAAAGAACUAAUAAUAGCAUGAAAGAAAAUCUAUAUGACAUAACAACAGGUAAGCAUACAAUUGGAAGUAUUAGCCCUCCUAAUAGCGUUGAGGAAAGCGAUGGUGGUAAUAAUAUCGAGAAUGUCAAAGAUAUAAGGUAUUAUCAGAAAUUGGAAGAAUUAAAUGAAUUGAAAGGUAAUAUUACAGAAAGGCAAAAAGAUGUUAAAGAAAAAAGUGAAGAAAAUGAUGACGAAGGUGAAGGAGAUGGUGUAAUGGAAAGACAUAGUAGCAUACUAAUUCAUAGAGGGAUAAGAAGCAAAAAAUUAGUAGACUAUUCUUUAUAUAAUACUUAUGCAAAAUCAUCAUUUUUACAAUGCGCAGAGCAAGCCGAUAAUCAUUUUAUUGGAAAUUAUUUAGGUAGAUAUAAUGAUGCAAAUUUUCUUCACUUAAGGCAAAAAGUAAAAUUAUGUUUAUGCCGAACAUUUGCCCAUAUAAGAAACACAUGCGAAACAUGUGUAUUACAUUUUACGCAUUUGAUAUUCGAUUUAUAUAUAAGUAGGUUUAAUACUAAGAAAGAAUUAAUACAGAGCAUUAUUAAUGAUAUACAUUUGAACGAAAAGCAAUACUCUGACGUUAUGAUACAAUUACUAAAGCAACAUUAUCCAACAAUGUAUCAAGAAUAUUUAGAUAAAGAAGAGCUAAAACAACAAUACAUUCCUUUAUAUAGAGCUUUAUUUGAGUCAACGGAUUUAAUAUAUCAUUUUAUAGGUAUUAUAUGUUUAUUCAUAUCACAAAAAUACUUUAAUUACAAAACAACAUCUAUUAUCAUAAUAGCGAAAUCAUAUUGCAGAAGUCAUCUGGAAGGACUGAAAAGAGUCUAUUCAAUAAACAACGAACUAAUUAAGGAUGUAUCCCCAGAUUAUUAUUCAGCAGCUAAGUACAUGGGAGCCGUAUUUACACAUGGAAGUAUAAGUAAAAGAUUUGCGUUAGAUCUUGAGAUUGCUCUUUUAAAAAAAUUAAACUAUGAUUUAUCAAUACCUACGGCAUACAGUUUACUAGACAGUUUAUUAAAAUCGAAUAAGAAUAUAAAUUUUUCAAAGUUGGAAAAAAAUUACAAUUUAGUAGAAGGAGAAAUACUAUUAAGAAUGGCAGGCAUUGACAACUCUUUUUUAAAAUACAAAUCAUCGACUUUAUCUAUGGCUAUAUAUGAAAUUUUGAACUUUAAUAUAUGUAAAGACAUAAUGCAAAGGGAACUAUCAGUCUUUACCAAAGCAAAGGCAUACAAUGAACUAAAGGAAAAAAAUGAAAGGAUGAAAAGGCAACUAUUUUUGGAAAAUGAAAUAAGAGAGGAACUUAAAAGAAAAGAACUAAAUAUUAUGAAAAGAAGAGAGCGAGGAUUAAUUAUUGCUGAGGAGGAGGAUCGAUUUAUUGUUGCAUCGCAAUAUACAAACGAAAAGGACAACUUACAGAUAUACUUAAAAAAUACUAUAGUAAAAAUUUGCGAUGCAGUUGAUCAAAAAAUACCUACAAAUUAUUACAAAUCACAUUAUAUUACAGAACAAAUAGAUAGGUAUAUUAAAGAUUUUAAUAAGGGUAAAAAAAGGUAUUUAAAAAAAUUAAUUAAUAGGAGUAAAGGAAAAUCAAAGAAAAAAUUUGUUAAUAAAAAUGAUGAAAACACAUUUGGAAAUAUAUUUAAUGAUGAUGAGGCAGGGUAUCGUAACAAUGAAGGAAAGGAACCUGAUAAUAUUGAAAUAGGAGAUAAAUCAGAGUACUGUGAUGAAAAUAGGAAAAUGAAAAAUGAUAAGAAUAACGAAAAAGUAAAAAAAAUAGAACAAAAAAUAAAAAAUGAAAAGAAAGCGAACAUGUUUUAUAAGGUGAAAAAAAAAAUAUUAAGGAUUAUAAAGAAAUUAACAAAGAAAUUAAAAAAAAUCAAGUAUUCUGAUAUCCCUAUUAAAUAUUGCACUUCGUAUGUAUUAUAUGGAAAAGAUUUAAAAAUAUAUGUAAAGAAACAUAAAGGGCAUUAUCAUGAUAAAGAAAAUAUAAUGAGAUCGGAAAAUGAACAUAUGAAAGAUAAAGAACAACAAAAUUCGGAAAAUAAUACAUGCGGAGGAUUAUCAGAAGGAAGUUCCUUAAAAAAAAAAAAAAAUAAAGGUUACAUAAUAGGGUCAAAGACUGAAUCGACAGAUGAAAAUUUGGUAUAUUAUUACAAUUAUAUAAGUAGAUUAAGAAAUAGGCUCAUCAUAGGUUUAAAAUAUUUCAAAAAUAGAAUUAAUAGCAUCAAGAAGACAGAUGUAUCAAUGAAAUUACUUAGUUUAGAAUAUAUUCUUAACAAAAAAGAGAACAAGAAAGGGAAAAAUGGAAAGAGGAAUAUACGUAUUACCAAAAACAUUUCUUUAUAUAAACAACUAUUAAAUGAAAUUAAAAUUUUGUUUCUGUGGUUUUACAAGUUAACAAAUAUUGAGAUUAGACCGUUAAUCAAAUUUUCGGAUCUAAAAUUUAUAUCUACAGUUAAAUUGUACGACAAAGAAUAUUCUAAAUAUAUUAAAAAUGUACUUAAUGCUAAUUGUGCAAAUGAUAAUGAAACUAAAGAAAUAACCAAUGAAAGUAAUGCCCAAACUAUUAAGGAUGGUAAAGAAGAAUACAAAGGGCGUCAAAGUGGAGAUAUAGUUUCAAAAAAUAAUAAAAUAAAGGAGAUAGAAUAUGGAGAAAAUUUGGCUGACCAAAAAAGGAUGAGUUAUAGUAAUAGCAUUGGAUAUUUUAAAGCAUAUGAUCAAUCCAUUGGUUCAAGUUUAAAAAUUAAAACAUUGCAAAAUGUGUAUAUUGAGGAAGUGCUCAAAACCAUUGAAACACAAACAAAGAAUUAUGACUUAUUCUUAACUAAUGAUCGGGGAGUGAAAAAUAAAAAAAGGAAAAAUAAAUCAUUAGAUAUUGAGGCUAUUGCAAAAAAAAAAGAAAGGAAAUUGGUUAUGUCGAUGGCUACAGAUAUUGCAAAAAAACACUUGGGACAAAUUAAUAGUAAUCUUGAGGAGUGUAUAUUAUCAGAAAAACAAAAAUAUCUUGACUAUGCAAAAACACUAAAUUUCACAGAUGGUACCAGACUUAGAAAUAUAUAUACUGAUGAAAUAAUUGCAUCAGAUCAAGAUAGAAAUACAAAUACUGACGAUAUGUUAGAGACUGAGCAAAAUAUAUUCGAACGAAAACAAAGCAUGGAAAUAGAAAAACAUCAAGACGAUUCGAUAUUACGACUAAAGGAAUAUGGAAAUUUUAAAAAUGAUUACAAGAGUCCAGGAUUGGUUGAAAAAAGUGUAGAAAAAAAAAAUAAAAAGACAAUAUUUACACAAGGAAAUUUAGCGAAUGAUGAUAAGGACUGGAUUACUAUUAAUGAUCCUGAGGUUGAUGAGUGCGCAAAAGAACUAAUGGAAUGCUUUUUAAAAUGGAAAAACAAAAACUUCAUAUCAAAGAAUUGGACAUAUAAUGAAUAUCCUAAGUGCAAAGAGUAUUAUUUUUCUUUAGUUUUUAGCGAUUUAAAAUCGGCGAAAUCGUUAAAAGGCAUUGUUGAAAUGAUGCAUAUGAAGUAUAUGCAUUUACUAAAUAUAUGUAAGGAGAUUAACAAUCAGCAAAAUAUGCUAGAGGAUGAUUGA